GUGACGUAAGAUGUGCUAGCUUGGGCUCUGGUGCUACUACGGAAAGCAGCAGUGAAGUAGUUGAAUAAAAUGUUAUCUGUAUAACCAUAAUUCCUGUAUCGAUAUUAAGUUGUCUUAUCGGCUCAGAUAAGUCUCAAACAACGCAUCAAAUGCUUGCUCCUUAACCCCACCUAAGUAAGUGAAGAUCCGUCGGUGUAAUGUAUAAUUGUGCUGUUUGAACGCAGUCAUCCUCUAAACUUGUAUUUCAAAACAUUAGUCAACGUUAGCAAAAUCCGGAAGAGUACUUAUGUAUUAUUCGCUAUAAAUGAUAAUAAUUAUAAACCCUCAGAGCGAACAUUAAGGAAUGGAGUGGUUAUGGUGUUAACUUGCUUUAUCCCCAUAAGUUAAGCGAUGAAGCCCCCCACUCGUACCACUAGGUCCACGAAGUCUGCUGCUCAAUGGUUGAAGAAACCAAAAAAGAAACCAAAGAUCAAGACGAAAUCCAAUUCAAAUGCAAAGUGGCAAUCCGGAGAACUUCGCAACAUUUUAAGAGGACUCCGACAACAAUACAAAUCUGGUCUAGAUGACAUCGACACGUGUGCUCUCCAACAGCGCGUGCCUAAACGUUCAGUACAGGAGGUGGAAUCAUUGCUGACGUCUCUGAAGCUGACUGUUGCAAGAAAAGUGUUCCAUCAAGUGACCAAACAGAGAAAGAACGAACAGGAGCUAAGGACUCCUAUCCAAGUGUGGACUGAGUUGAUGGGGAGAAUUGCUGGAAAUCACGAAGACAAAAUUUCUUCAGCAUUCUCUCGGAUGCUGGUAAUAGCGGGCACAGAACCCUGCAAUCUCAAGCACUCAGACCCACCCCGCGAUCUUGGAAACCCAUCACCAGCCACAACCAAGGCACAGCCGAUUUCAAAGCCGAUUUCAAAGUUUUUCACCAUCUGUAGCCGCUUGAGAACUGGUUCCAAGAUUAGUUCCAAUACUGAUGCACGUUCUGCUGAUGUUUCAAAUCCCAGUGUUUCUUGUCAGGACAAGGACAAGGACAAGGACAAGGACAAGGACAAGGACAAGGACAAGGACAACCACCUGCUCUCCAAGUCACCUUUGAGUUCUAGCAUGCCCACCAAGCCAGUAGUCUCAGGUGGUUCAUCAACAAUCACUGGUGCAAAACCGUCCCCCUCUACAGCACAGCAUACCCAGACUCCUGCAGUGAUUGAACGUGCCCAGGCAGUAAGAACACAAGACAACUCGGUCCCUUUAGAUCUGACUGCCUCCUCCGCAACAUCAUCAUCAUCAUCUGGACUCUGCCAACAGUCAGUGAACAAGCAGGGGGGUAAUUCCAGCCAAGGCAACCCUUCUCAGUCUGACGGAGUGGAGAACACAGUAGACUUUGAAAAGAUUCACACGUUCCUCAGCACGGUCACUAAGGACAGUGAGUGCUCCCUCACAGCAAUGGAGAGUGCGGUGGUUUUGGACCUCAUCAUGUCUCUGCCUGAAGAGCUCACCAUGUUGGACUGCCAGAGUCUGCAGGAUCACUUUCUGCAGGUCUACUCGCGGCUCACCGCUCCCGUCAUCAAAAUGACGCCGCUGGCGAAGAAAAAGGCUCAACCGACUACCGUGCAUUCAUCAGCAUCGAGCAUUGAGAGGGAAGAGCCCACUGCUGUGCCUCAGGCCCCGAAACCUGUAAACCUGAACUGGGAGAAUGUAGGCAUUUGUCCUCUCAAUCCUUUAAUGGUGCCCUUAUCUCUUUUAACACGAAAAAGUGACAAAGACUCGUGAAAUUGUAUCUCAGUUUGUUAAUGGUUGUUGAAGUGUGAUUUGUUAAUGUUACUGUUAUGUUGAAAGGUAAUGGUUGUUUUUGUGGUCCUAGCAAGAUUUUGUUUUACUUACCCACCUCUUUACAAGAAAUCUGGGGUUACAAAAGGAUUUUUCAUUCAGACAAGUUUUUUUUCAUUCUUGACUGUCAAUAAAAGACAAUAAACACUGA